AUGUCACCUAUAGCAGUAUGUCAACAGGAACUACAUCAAGAAUAUGUGGGGUCGAGGAUAUUAAGUGAUAUCCAAUCUAUUAAUUUGAAAGUCUGCAAUGAUCUAAAUGUUGAUGUAAUUCUGUUUGUUCUUGUUUUGAAAUAUGGGUUGUCACUUGUGUGCUCUAUUGCCAAUGUUGCGUCUUCUUUGCUUGUACUCCCCGUGAAUGUACGUAAAGAAGUGUUGGCUUUGGUAUGUCCCAAUUUAGAAGAAGAAGAUGUAAAUGUUCUUUUACAGUCCGCUUCUAAAUUAAAAGUUCCUAGUACAACCGAUAGGAAGUUGCAUGUAUUUACACCUCCAUGCUCCAAAUGUAUUAAGUGCAACCAUGACCUUGUGAGGUACAAUAAGCCAGUAAAAGUUCAGGUACACGAUCUUUCUGGAACUACCAAUGGAGUGAAAGUUUCGCUUAGAUGCAAUCGCUGUAAUUUGCUUUAUGGAUAUUCCAAGUACGGUAAUGGGAAAGAUGGCUGGAUGUUAUAUCCCGAACAAAGAAAAAUGAUCGAGGCUACGGAUCUCUGUUUUGUUGAUUCAACUUUGCUUCAGUGGCAGCUGUCACUCGCUUGUCAUUCGUGGGUAUCAUUUAACGGUUUUUCUGAAGCGUUUAAUGAAGUAUACAAUGGCAGUAAGAGAACGAUAUGUUGUAGAUCUGUAUUACUGUUAUCACGUUGUUACAGUUUUGAUGUUGCUGCUUCAUUUUGGGUCGGCGAGAUGGAGAAUGAGUUGAGGGAAUUGGGGCAACUGGACUUUUUUGGUUUGCUUAAAGAAGAUGGGAACUCUUCUAGUGUUCUAGAACAAAUCGACAAAAUUAGGGCGAGAAGUUUGUACGAGCAUACAUCAGAUGAUUGUUCUGAUACUUGCAAAGAGCGCGAAUUUUGUAAAAGGUAUUCCAUUGCUGAACUAUCCCAAUGUAUGCACUGA